AGGGGGGAAAGUGUCCGGACUGGAAGGGGUGUGAAAGUGUCCGGACAGGAAGGGGGGGUGAAAGUGUCCGGACUGGAAGGGGGGAAAAAGUGUCCGGACUGGAAGGGAGGGAAAGUGUCCGACUGGAAAGGGGGGGGAAAGUGUCCGGACUGGAAGGGGGGAAAGUGUCCGGACUGGAAGGGGGUGAAAGUGUUCCGGGAAAGGGGGGUGAAAGUGGGGAACUGGAGGGGGGGGAAAGUGUCCGGACUGGAAGGGAGGGAAAGUGUCCGGACCGGAAGGGGGGAAAAAGUGUCCGGACUGGAAGGGGGAAAGUGUCCGGACAGGGAAGGGGGUGAAAGUGUCCGGACUGGAAGGGGGUGAAAGUGUCCGGAUUAGAAAGGGGGGGAAAGUGUCCGGACUGGAAGGGGGUUGAAAGUGUCCGGACUGGAAGGGGGGGGAAAGGUCCGGACUGGAAGUGGGGCGAAAGUGUGUUCCGAACAGGGAAGGGGGGAAAGUGUCCGGACUGGGAAGGGGGGAAAGUGUUCCAGACUGGAAGGGGGGGAAAGUGUUCGCGGACUGGAAGUGG